CCUAAGUUGCCUGCAGACUCGGGGCGCGAGCUCAGUUUGCGCUGCGCCGCGAUGUCCGGAGCGUCGGCCAGGAGCCUGGGGAAGGGAAGCCCGCCCCCGGGGCCUGUCCCCGAGGGCGUGAUCCGCCUGUACAGCAUGAGGUUCUGCCCGUUCGCCGAGAUGACCCUCCUGGCCCUGAACGCCAAGGGAAUCCGGCAUGAAGUCAUCAACAUCAACCUGAAAAACAAGCCUGAUUGGUUCUUUGAGAAGAAUCCCUUGGGUCUGGUGCCAGUUCUGGAAAACAGCAAGGGUCAACUGAUCUACGAAUCUGCCAUCACUUGUGACUACCUGGAUGAAGCAUAUCCAGGGAAGAAGCUGUGGCCAGAUGACCCCUAUGAGAAGGCUCGCCAAAAGAUUAUUGUUGCGUUAUCUUCUCAGAUACCACCUUUGCUAAUACGCUUUCUUAGAGGGCAAAAUAAGGAAAACUUCGCUGGCGAUAAAGAAGAACUGCGUAAACAAUUCAGCAAGCUAGAGGAGGUUCUGACCAAGAAGAAGACAACCUUCUUUGGUGGCAGUUCCAUUUCUAUGGUUGAUUACCUCCUCUGGCCCUGGUUUGAACGGCUGGAAGUAGUGGAGCUAAAUGACUGUGUAGACCACACUCCAAAACUUAAGCUCUGGAUGGCAGCCAUGAGGGAAGAUCCCAUAGCAUCACUCCUCAUUACUGAUGCGAAGACCCUUCGAGGUUUCUUAGAUCUCUACUUGCAGAACAGCCCUGAGGCCUGUGACUAUGGACUCUGAUGGGGGCAGGAGUCAGCAAUGAAAAUAUGUCUGAUGUUUUCCUUCACUAAAAUGAAUAAUAACAUGCUUUUAUUUUACCAAUAAAAGCUGUCACUUCUCAGUGGCUCACCUUCUCUGAUUUGACAUCAUGGCCUAACUGUGGGGUUUCCUCAAGGCCCUCCUGCAGAAAUGUGAACACAUUUCCUGUCUUAGGAUGCUCAAAUGACUCUAAGGGAUCUGUCAUAGUCUAUGAUGAAAACCUCUAAAUCAUCAUCUCUAGUGAGAGCUGGACUUCAGUCUAGAUUUCUAACUGUCCAUAGGACAUUUCCACUUGGAUACUCUGUUGUCAUUUUAGGAGAUGCCCUUUCAAGUUUGUCUUCUGGGUUCUGAGUCAAGAAACUUUCAAUUCCUUAUUCUUUCCUUUCCAUCAUCAACUUAUUUCACUACCUUUCUUAUUCCCAUUGUCACCACUAAAGACCAGACUCACAUCACCUCAUAGCCAGGUGACUAGGUGGCCUCCCAUUUGGUGUCCCCAUCUCCAAUCUCUAUCCCCUUCAAAUCCUUCCUACUAAAUCCCACAGUGGGCACACAGCAGGUGUCCCAUAUAGAUAAUUAAAUACUUUGAAGACCACAUCCGUCAAUACAGUAUGUAAGGCUGGAUGAGUAAUGCAGAAAUAUUAAUGCCAUCUUCCAUACACUUCUAUAGCUCAUUGGGCUUCUCACUAUUUAAUUUUUAUGAUCACAUCACCUCCAUAAGAAGGCAGGUCGGAGAGCAUCAUUUCAUUUUACAGAUGAUUCAACUAAGGCCCCAGCGUUAAGUAAGGCCUUAAGAUGCUGGCAGAAAGACCUGCAGAACACACCCAGCACACUGCUCUUACUAUCAGAAUUAGGGGGCUGUCGACCCGCCCAAUACACGCUGGUUUCCUGUACUUAAACUUAAGAGCGCAUAACAAUCACCUAAGGCUCACUGCUGGAUUUCGGAUCAGUAGGUCCGGGGUGGGCCGGGAAAUCCAUAUUUGAAAUGAGCUCCCCGCUCCACGGUGAUGAGGGCGACGCAAGGGCCGCACCCUGAGAGGCAGCAGAGAACCAGUUGACUUCACAAACGGCCUCCUGCCGCCCACUGUCACCACCAACGCCCAGGCUCCGGGCGGACCCAUCUCUGCCGCCGUCCGCCUGCCCCACCCUCCAGGCCCGGGUCGGCUACAUGCGGACGCCAGGUGGACUUACACCCGGGCGCCAAGGUCCUCACCCAGCCACCACUUGGCUUCCACACGGACACGCGCAGGGACUCACGACUCCAGGAGCUUGUAACGCGGCCGCCGAUUGGCUCACUCGGCAUUGCUAGGCCGGAGCGUUUCCAAAGGCUUCGAGGAUUGGCUGAAGCUCUGGACGCUGCGGCCAGUUGGCGGGUAGGAUUCUAAGGGGCGGGUUCUGCUUGGGCCCCGCCUCCCUCUGCGGCCACUGCCUCUCCACUGUCGGUUCUGCGUGCCACGGGGCCAGAGGUCGCUCGGGGGUGUCUCUCCAUUCACCGCCACCGGGUGGGCCGGUCAGGCCUGUGCUGCGUUUGAAGAGAAGAGUGGGUUGAGGUUAAUUCUGAAUUUGGGGAUUUUUCACGAAUUUCGGGGCCCAGAAUAGGAUUGCCAACUUUAUUUUGCCUAACACCUUUAAAAGAAAGUCCAACUACUUUAUCAAAGUUUCAUCAAAGAUUUUUAACAUCAAAAAACGUACAAGGGUUAUAAUCUAAGGCUAAGAAACACGUCUUUGAAGCGAAUAUAUUUAACGUAAAGAAAAAAACCCAAAUUCAUUAAGUUGUUAUGUUUCUGAUUUGGCUGGAGACAGGUAAAAAAGCCCGCAGAUCACUAGUUGUCAGCGCUGCCUCUUGGCACCGCUAGUUUGGCUACAUUAUAAGGCACUGGCAAUCUGGGGAAUUUGGUCUCUGAGAAUGUCCUGUCUUUGUGAGGUCUAUGGGUCUUCCCUGCUACAUUCAAAUAAUAAUAGCUAAUGUUGAAUGCUUACUAGAUAAUAGAAGAACGCUAAGUAUUAAAUGCUUCUCAUCCACUAUUUGAAUUAAUCCUCUCCAAAUCACGUGAUGUAUUGGUACUAUUAGAUCUGAUUUACGGAUGACAAUACCGGGGCACAGAAAGUUGUGAUUUGCCCAAAGUCAACCAGCUAGUAAAUGCUGAAGAGGAGAUUCAAAUCCAGCCUGAACUCACAGUCAUUUAGACCCUUCUUGAGAUAAGAACUUACACAUGCUUCUGCCCCGGUCUCUUUUUUGUUCAUCAGCUCUUAGCAUUUAGAGCUUGAGCCAGGAGAGGCUUUUUGACACACCACUAUAAUGCCUGGGAUUUAACAGGAAGUGUUGAUGUUCCUUUUCCAAACUCAGUGUGUUUUGUUUGAUUUUACAAAUGUUUGACUUUGGCUGAUUUCAGGAUCUUGAAAAUCUGCGUUUGUUCAUUUAAAUGUUAUUAUAUCAAAAUGUUUAAAUUUUUUUUUCUUUAAUUCCUCAAGCUGUAAAGAAAAAUAGUGAUAGGAAAGCAGAAUCAAGUACUUAAAAAGAAACUCACCUUUGACUCUGCUUUCCCUAGUGGGAAGAUGAAGUUCCUCCUCUGACAACUUUAGUAUAAUUACUAUGUCCCAGAUCUGUGGUUGUGUGUGUGGGAGGAGAUUCGAUGAAGGUGGGCAAAAGGUACCAACUUACAGUUAUAAGAUAAAUAAGUACUGGAGAUGUAAUGUAUAACAAGUUGACCAUAGUUUACACUGCUGUAUGGUAUAUUUGAAAGUUGCUAAGAGAGUAGAUCCUAAAAGUUCUCAUCAUGAGGAAAAAAAUCUUUUUUUAUAACUAUAUGAGGAGAUGGAUGUUAACUAAAUUUAUUGUGGUAAUCAUUUCACGAUAUAUGUAUGUCAAGUCAUUAUGUGGUGCACCUUAAAGUCAUACAGAGCUGUGUGUCAAUUGUAGCUCGAGAGAACUGAAAAAAAAAAAAAUGUCCCAAAGACAUUACAACACAGAAUUCCCUAUAAUCCUAACUUCCUGGGAACAAGUCCUGAAUCUAGGCCCAUCUGAAGAUAGAGCCUUUUCCCUCACUUAUCCCACUUUGAAUUUGAACAAUAUCUGAACACCAGGUAACAUAAUCUUUCAUGUAAGUUAGGCUUCUGAAAUAUUACGAGGAAUGUCCUUCAGUUUCUACCACUAUCAGAGAUUGGUAUGACAAAAAAAUUUUGAAAAACUGCAAAAUGCAAACUCCACUUCCUCUCCUCUUCUCAAAACAGAGUCUUGUGAAUCGAGUGAAGAAAUUACUUCUGUAGUGGCAUUCUCUUCCUAGAAGGCUUAAGUCAUUAUCACCCAUGACAAAAGUUCCCCACGUUUUCAAAACAGAUCCGAUUAUAUUUCAGGUAGCUGGCAACCAAUUUGGAGUAGGUUUAGUAUGGCCUUACUACCAUUGGUUUCUUGCUUGAGUGAGUCAGUAUAACAGAUGUGUAAACAUGAUAUAAUAACAGAGAAGGAAAAUUUGCAAAGAGGAUUUCAGAGAGGUACGUAUUGGAUCUUAAAAAGGAAGUAGGGAUAAGCUUAAAGGUCAUAAUUAAAAUCUUUCCAGGGAAACCAUAGUGUUCAGUGGUAAGAUUAAAAACCACAUUACUGAAACGUAGCCUGCAGCGUUCAACCCAUUCAGCUGGCGUUAAACUGGUAACUGAUGAAGUUAGUAUUCUGGGUUGAUUCUGGUUUUAAUUCUAAUGUGCUUGGCAAAGCUGAAUUGCAGUGCAUUUCAUCUUUGUGGAUAUAGUGUUAGGAUGCACUAUGCUGUUAAAAAUGUGUUCUAAUUUACCGAUAUUAGUCAUUAAUUUUGAAGUACACUGAGCUCUUACUGUGCUGAGGAUGGCCUGUAUGAUUUCAUUCCACACUGAAAACCCUUCAAGUAGGUACUAUUAGUAUUCUCAUUUUACAGGUGAGGAAGAUGAAGGUCAAAGAGGUUAGAUAGCUUGCCUGCGUGCCAAAGCCAAGGUUUGGGUAUAGUGCCAAGUGAGAACCUUGACAUCUUAUGGCUUCCCUUCAGCAGAAGAACUGUUUCCAUCCCUCUGUCUCUUCUUCCCUAACUACACUAAAUAGACUUGCAUUUCAGAACAUUACUUCCCAUAUACAGGUAUACUUUUAAUAACCAAUAUUUUCCAACUCUCAGAGCUGGUUUCCUUUAAAAGGUGGGAAUGAGAAGAAAAAGCUUAGAAAUGCAUUCUCUUCUGACAAAGGAAAAAGCUGUGGAUCCAAGAACCUUUUACUUUACAAAUGGAAUUCCCAGUUGGCCAUU